CAUUCUCGCCCCUUCCCCGACUCCCCCAAAAGCGUGGGAGAAGGAAGCAGGGAGGACGUGGAGAAUGCAGCCCGCGCUUGCUCUCGGCGGCGCCCGCUGCAAAGCCCUGCAGCUUUGGGAGCCCGGAGGGAGCGAUGACAGGGCCCCGAGCCAGGGUUCUUAGGAAGGGGCGGCGGGGGUGGGGGUGGUCACCCCACGCCGACAGCUGUCCAGCCCCUAUAAUUCAUUGGCUUCUCCCACCCCGCCUUCCACAUACCAUCCCGAUCCACUUUAGCCCCCCGCCCCACCCUGGCUGACCUAAUAAGGUUAUGCAGUGUGUGUGGGGGAUCUGUAUAAAAGACACGGGCUGUAGGGACACCGCGACUCCCCGAGAGAAGGCAGGAGCCGGGAGAGACCACCAUGGCCAAGGAGUGGGGCUACGCCAGCCACAAUGGUCCUGACCACUGGCAUGAACUUUACCCCAUUGCCAAGGGGGACAACCAGUCGCCCAUUGAGCUGCAUACUAAAGACAUCAAGCAUGACCCUUCUCUGCUGCCAUGGGCAGCAUCUUAUGACCCUGGCUCUGCCAAGGCCAUCCUGAACAAUGGGAAGACCUGCAGAGUUGUGUUUGAUGACACUUAUGACAGGUCAAUGCUGAGAGGUGGUCCUCUUUCUGGGCCCUACCGACUUCGCCAGUUUCAUCUUCACUGGGGCUCCUCCGAUGAUCACGGCUCUGAGCACACGGUGGAUGGAGUCAAGUACGCAGCAGAGCUUCAUUUGGUGCACUGGAAUCCAAAGUACAACACUUUUGGGGGAGCUCUAAAACAACCUGAUGGGAUCGCCGUGGUUGGCAUUUUUCUGAAGAUAGGACGGGAGAAAGGCGAGUUCCAGCUUCUCCUUGAUGCAUUGGACAAAGUCAAGACAAAGGGCAAGGAGGCGCCCUUCACUCACUUCGACCCAUCCUGCCUGUUCCCCGCCUGCCGGGACUACUGGACCUACCAGGGCUCCUUCACCACGCCCCCCUGCGAGGAGUGCAUCGUGUGGCUGCUGCUGAAGGAGCCCAUGACCGUAAGCUCCGACCAGAUGGCCAAGCUGCGCAGCAUCUUCUCCAGCGCCGAGAACGAGCCCCCGGUGCCCCUCGUGGGGAACUGGCGCCCUCCGCAGCCUCUCAAGGGCAGGGUGGUGAGAGCCUCCUUCAAAUGAGGCCGCAGGAUCUCGCCCUGCUCAGGAAAAGAAGCCUGUGGGCCGAGAGCGAGAGCGGUUGCUUGCCUCCCUCUGGCGCUCUUCACGCCAAGUCUAUUCAUCUUUCCACACCCAGAGAGAAAUGCGAGAGACGCAGACGCCAAGAAACCGGUUACUUUUGACAAGGUGUGAGGCCAUAACACGAAUCUCACACUUGACCUUUGUUAUAAUCAUCUUUUCUAUAAAAGUAGCAUUUCUAGUAAGCUUUCAAAGAAGAAGAAACAGAGACAGAAGAGUAAAGAUACAGGAAAAUGGCAAUUGAGCACCAUAUUCCUGUCAUCUUAAAUUCACAGAACCUCACAUUUCCUAUGUUCGUAUUUUCAAUGGCCCACCUUAGAGGAGUAAUGAAUGAUUUUAUUUAUAGGGGUAGAGGUGAUUUUUCUAUAGAGAAGCCGGAAAUUAAAUCGAUUGUGGACACCGCAAAUUGAAUGAUAAUGUGUUUCACCUCUUAACAUCAAGAGGCCCAGUACUUACUAAAAUUUUAGCUCUGUCUAAAUUUACCUGGUUUUGGUUAUCAGUGAAAGGAAAACACAGACCAAGGCUUUGAAAACAUGUGAUCCAGUAUUGGAGUUUCUUCUUCAUAAAGAUGGUUUUCUUUACCUGCAGCAGGGCCAUCUAUUUUUUAUUUCAUUACUUUUAUCUUUGCAUGCCUAUCAAAAUAAAAGCUGUGUCUGGUGUCUUUUGAAUCUGAGGCUGAAUGAAGGGGUUCCUAGGAUAGGAAGGAGUGAUUGGUGGCACUCGAAGUAAAAGUAGCUGUACUGAUGGAUCACCAAAUAAAGACAUGGAUGCAAAAAGUUGGGCAUUGUGUUUUUGAAUGAAAAAGCAUCACAAAUGACAAAAAUGGACUAAAGCUUCGAAGGGCAACUUUGUCCAUUUGUUUUUAGGAGUGAAAGGUAGGGAUAGAAGACUCCAGACCUAAGUCUGUAUGCUACCUUUCUCAAGGCAAUUUGUGAGGACAUCUGACAAAAUUGCACACAAGCGAAAUUAUGUGCCCAUACAUCUGAGAGUGCAGAAUGGUUCCCAGAGGUCUCACAAUGGGUUAGGACUCGAGUUCAGUCAGUGCAGUGGGGAUGGAAUCCACUCAGACUGCAGAUGUUAGGUCAGUUUUUUAAAAUAUAGUUUAGGAUGACAAUGACCUAACAGUGCAAAAGCCUCUCUAUUUAGACUUUUAAAAUAUUUAAUAUCUUUAGACACAAUGUCUAAUUUUGCAGUUAAUGGCUUUGAUCAUUUUUCUGUGCUUUGCUGGCUAAUAUGUUAACUACUUUAGAAAAGUUUAUUAGCGUAAGGAGUGAAAAUGGGAUGCGGGCAGAGAGCCCUGAGAUGCUGGCAGUGAAGUCAUGUGAUGGGCUCCUAUGAGGCUAAAGUUAUUUAAUAAAUUACCACUUGGGUGAAGCAAAACCAGGUUGGUCAGUGUGAAUUGGAUGUGUUAAUUAAAUCCCUUGAAAUUAGGAGGUGUGGAGCUUUGAUCAUUAGUGGUAGUACACAAGCCGGUUCUCUCAGAGUACUUAGCAAUGCUUUAGUGCACUGUAAAAAGUGCACACAGUACUCACUCUCUGGGAGGCAAGAAAAAUGACCAAAUGUCAGUUAUCCUCUCAUUGGAGGAUAUAGGCAGGGCAGGUUAAAGUGGAUGGAGGAAAAAUACUGGAUCAAAGGAAGCUGUGUCCCUCGACUGCAACCUCUGUAACAGCCAGAAUAUGAAUCUUGCACAAUGACAUUCAUCUUAUUCCCCAAUACUGUAUCCGGCACAUAAUAACCACUCAAUAAAUAUUUGGUG